ACUCUAAAAUUGUGCAAGCAAAAAUUUAUGGCUUUGAGUUUGGCGAAUAAGAAAAAAUAUUGGGGCAUCUAAGGUAGUUGUUGGUGAAAUAUGUGUAGAUCAACAGGUCGACAACACCAACUGUCGUGUCGACCUUUCAGGCGCAAUGACGAUUUCGUUGUCUUUAGACUUUAGAGCACUUUCUACGACAUGGAAUUGAUGCAUGAAGAUAAUUUUAACCCUAACCAGUUAACCUUUUCAUGGUGCGGUUAACCAAUUUAUUUUAGAACAUCGAACUUUUCAUCAUUAGGUCUCUGGACUUCUUAGGCAGUAGUUCAAACGUGCCACUCAUCAUCACUAUAUGUAUAUAUGCAUUCUCAUGGGGUCUCUGGACUUCUUUUUGCUCCUCACGUCGCAUGAACUUACCUCCCACAUGUCACGUCUUCAACUGAAUUUCAACUUUCUACCAAUAAUCGAAACCAACAUCCUAUAAAUGUUGGUCUCUCAUCACACUCCCCACUAUUCUCCUCUUUGCUUUCUUCUCAACACAACAACACCAAUAAGUCUCACAUUAUAUUACAGAAGAGUCCAAAUGGCUUCUAACCCUUUCGUCGGCGGAGUUUGUGUCCUUCUCUUGUCCAUGAUACUCGUGGGAGCCUCCGCCGCCGAUUAUUACUCCUCCAGCUCCGAAACUCCAAAAACUCAACCCAAAAUUCAGUCUGGAUCAUACGAGAAGCCAGUUGCUCAGUCAAUGCCUAAACCAGAAGAAUCAGCUUCAAAACCUCAACCCAAAAUCGUGCCUGAUUUCUACUCGAAGCCUACUUACAAAGCAGACCCACACUACGAUAUGCCCAAACUAAGCAUCCCAAAGCCAGAUAAGAAGCUUUUCCUGCCGCGGUUGAAGGGAUAGUUAUCUGCAAAUCAUCCUCCGGAUAUGUCCCCAUCAAAGGUAACUUAAUUAAUUAUUACACCUAAUGCUAUGAUGUUCCUCGCCCCCACGUAAAACAUCGAGCUCAUCAUGUGAUUUAUCGUAUUCUAAAAGUUGUUGUGAUUUUUCAUAUUUGAACCGUUCAUCAGGAGCCGUAGUAACGAUCACAUGUUUGAAAGUGAACGAGGAAGGAUAUGAUCAUGACAAGACUCCAGUGUCAUGUCAAUCCAGUCCAACGAAUGCCAAGGGCUAUUUCUUCAAGACGCUACCUUCUAACAAAGAUCUCAAGAAGAAUUCAUGGGAGAACUGCAAGGCUUUCCUCGAGCAAUCUCCAAUGGAGGGAUGUGGAGUCCCAAGCAAUGUGAACAGAGGAAUCGACGGUUUUCCACUGUCUUCUCAUCGCAUUCUGCAAGAUAAGCACCUCAAGUUAUAUUCAGUUGGGCCUUUCUUCUAUACUUCGGAGCAUAAGCCAACCAUGAACAAAGCCCCCGCUGGUGGCUAUUAAUUUUUAUUAGUAUUUUUUUGUUUACUUUGAUUUUGCUUUCUCAAUUCAAUUAUUUAUUUUGCUCAAUCUCCUUGUGUUGGAGUCUGAAUCAUUUGAUUGAUUGCUUUGGUUUUUGUUUCAUUUGUUGGUAUCUCAUAGUGGAUUUUCCACGUUUGUUAACUCUUUCAAGUCAUGUAACAGUGGUAUAUUUAAUUUCAACGAGAACAAUUCUCGAUGCUUGCCUACUCUUGUUCAUUCUUCGUCUUUUCAUUUAAGAUCCGCGUGCAUCGUCUGCCUAUGUCACGAUUUGGAUAUAGCAAAUUACACUUUAUGUAUGACCAAUUUAUUUGUUUUUAUAUAAAUAAAUGUAAUAAGAAGCAGUAGUGAUAAAGCUAUUUGAUUGAUUAAUCAUAUGGAAAAUAUUCUUCUUAGUUGAUCAUUAAGCUGUGUGAAAAGUGAAAACCGACAAUGUACACAAAUAUAUGUUACAGUCAAGCAGUUAUAAUAUAAUGUGCAUUAAAAA